UUCUGAACACUGAGUCAUGUCUGACUCGGAGACCAUCGAGCUAGCCGCUCUGGGCCGACCCUUCCAGCUGGGGAUGCUGUAUGACUGUCGUAGAGAUGUCCUCAUUCCAGGUAUCACUCUCUGGGAUUCUGAGAUGCUGAAGAAACACAUCAACGUCUGUCCACAACCGAACACCGACUUCAAAAUCAUUGCUUCAGACUCAAGUGAAGCCAAGUCAGAAGCUUUGAAUGUGUCUGCAUCUCUUGAGGCUAGUUUUCUUGGUGGCUUAGUCAGUGUGAAGGGUUCUGCUGAAUUCCUACAUGACAAAAAGAGACCUCAAAGCGUCAGUCUAGGGUUUCUCUGCAGUACCGUACCACCACUCGCUUCGAGCAGUUGACCAUGGACCACCUGGGGGCAGGAAAUGUGAAACACUGUAAUGUCUUCCAAGAGGGCUCUUCAACCCAUGUGGUGACUGCCCUGCACUACGGAGCCUCGGCCUUCUUCGUUUUUGACCAAGAGGUUUCCUCAGGAGAAAACCACCAGGACAUCCAGGGAAACCUGCAGGCUACAAUAAAAAAGAUUCCUCUCAUAUCAAUAGAAGGGCAGGGAAAUUUGGAGAUGAGUGACGAAGAGAAGAGAGAGGCCAAUAAAUUCAACUGCACCUUCCAUGGUGAUUUUGCACUAGAAAACAACCCUGUCACAUUUGAAGAUGCCAUCAAGGUGUAUGCUGGCCUGCCACAUCUGCUAGGGGAGAACGGAGAACAUGCUGUGCCCAUGACUGUCUGGCUCUAUCCUCUCAAGAACCUGGACUCUGCAGCUGCCCAGCUAGUCAGGCAGAUCAGUGUUAGCCAGGUGCGUCGCGCACAGCGACUCUUAGACGGACUGGACAAUACUGAUGUACAAUGCCAGGACAUGAUGAAAGAAGACAUGGCUAUCAAGUUCCCUGAAUUCAAAGCCAAGCUCAACAAGUUCAGGGACUUGUGCUCAGAGUACAAGCAGGUGUUCCAGAAAGGUCUCUGCAAGGUUCUUCCCAACAUAAGAGGAGGAGGAAUGGAGGAGGAAGAGCUGAUCAAAAUGCUCAACAUCAAAGAACGAUCUCCAUUCCAGAAUGACCUCAUGAUCACGUACCUGGACGACAGAGAGAGAGAGAUGAAUGUUGUCAGCUCUUACCUUGACAUAAUGAAAGAGGUACAAGUUGUGUACUCAAGCAGUGAAUUGGAUGGAAUAGUGCUUGAUCAAGCUAAUGAUUAUGUAGUGUGUUUUGCAUUAUCCUUUUUGAAGGAGAAAGAAGAGUAUCUGGUAGUCCUGGAGAACUACUUGCUGGAAGAAUCUAAGAAUGAUUUUUCACUGAUACCUUACAACCCCAACGCAGCCGGGAAGACUGCGGCAGAAAAGUGGUUUCGCUCGGGGGAGGUAACGACCCUAACCAGGCAAACCAUAAAUCUGUUCCUAGACUUCAAAGAGUCUAACAAAGACAGAGAAAAUCUUGCAUUCUGUAUUGCAUCAAUUCCAAACAAAUUCCUCACCGCUUCCUCCAUCCAUGUCUAUGAAAGAGGGACACUUUUGACUCCACAGUUUGAGCUGCCAUCAAAGCCAGGUGUUCUCACCAUCAAGAGUCUGGAGCAUGACUGUGUACACUUGCAAGUCAACCCUCCCAACCUUGGUGUUACCUCUGUGGAGUCGUACCAGGUUUUGUACCAGGCUGAGCAGGCUGACUGAGUGGACCGAGGUCAAAUCUGAUGCUACUACACAGGUCACCAUCAGUCGUUUGGACCCAUACAAAAAGUACCGCUUUAGCUGCAAGGCGGUGUGUAGACCUGGUGUGAGCCUCUCCAGUGACUGGACAGAAUACGUCAGGACCCGCCCAUGUAGCCCCCCUGGACCACCCGCAGAGAAGAGGAUAGAAUCGGGAAGUAUCAGAGUGAACUGGGACAUUCCUACCAAGGCGGGAGAUGAUGUUGAAGUCAUUGGUUAUGUGGUAGAAUACAGAAAGAGUGUAAAGGCUAUAGACAAUCAGAUGUGGCACACCAUCAAAACCACCACUAGAGAGAGUACACUGGAAGGACUAGAGGCUGACACUGCAUACAGCAUCAGAGUCUAUGCUAACUGUGGCGAAACAGGGAAUAGUCUACCCAGUCCUGAGACUGUACUGACUACCCUUAGGGUCUCUGAUGCCCAACCGAAGACAAGCAAAUCAACAGGAGCAAAAAGUCAGGAAUUCCUCACAAAAUCCCAGAAGGUGGAAAAGGGCAAACCCUCAAUCCACUGGCUGAAUCUGGAACAGAAGUUGAGUGUAAGUGACAGUUUUGACCAGUACACAUUUGGGAGGAAAGUUGAGCAAGGGAAUAACAAGGUGAUAUUGCUUCUGGGGGCCACAGGUGCAGGAAAAACAACUCUGGUCAGUGCCAUGAUAAAUUACAUCCUCGGGGUAAAGUGGGAAGACUGUUACCGCUUUAAGCUCAUCCAUGAGGUGACCAACAGGUCCCAGGCUGAGAGCCAGACUGUGGUUGUGACAUCAUACGAGCUCUACAACCAGCCAGGCUUUCAGAUUCCUUAUUCUGUGACUGUCAUUGACACACCAGGGUUCGGAGACACCAGAGGAAUGGCUCAUGAUAAAUUGCUCAUCCAGAUGUUGAAGGAUUUCUUGUGUAACCCUUUAGGGAUUGAUCACAUUGAUGCUGUCUGCUUUGUAGUGCAGGCAUCACUUGUUCGUCUCAGUCCUUCUCAGAGAUACAUCUUUGAUUCCAUCCUGUCCAUCUUUGGAAAGGAUGUUGCUGAGAACAUCCUGAUGCUUGUGACAUUUGUUGAUGGGAAAGACAAGAAGGGGCUACCAACCCAUUUCAAGUUCAACAGUUCAUUUCUGUUCUCAAAGGAGGCGGAGAGCAGCUCUGAAGAGGAUGAUUCUGAUGAUGAUCAUAAGGCCCAGUGUCCAGAGCAAUGGAGGUCAACUUUCAAGGAGAUGAAUAAAUUUUUCCAAGCACUGGAAAGCAUUGAGAGUAAAGAUGUGACCCUGACAAAGAAAGUUCUGGAAGAACGUGAGCUUCUGGAGAAGACCAUGACACGCCUGACCCCUCAGAUCACAGCAGGUCUGUCAAAGCUAAGUGUGAUCAAAAGCUUCAAACAGUGUCUGGAGAACGAGGAGGAGAACAUGAAACAUAACAAAAACUUUGAGACUGAGGUAAAUGUGUUGCAGGUGAAGAGAAGCAAAUUAUCCCAGGACUUUGCGACAAACUGCAAGAUAUGCAAUUUCACAUGUCACACCUGCUGCUUCCUCCCAAAUGAGGAUGACAUCAAAAGUUGUGCUGUGAUGGAUGAUGAUGGCAACUGUACCAUCUGUCCAGGAAAAUGCACUUCCACUGACCACGACAGGGAACAAGUCUUGUUGACAUAUGAAACAAUGACUGAGAAAAAGACUGUUCAAGGCAUGAAAGACAACUUUAUGAAGGCGUGGGACAAGUCUAUGGAAACCAAGGAGAUGCUGGAUAAGCUUGAGGAUGAGUUUCAUAUGAUCAAGGACGCACUGAUGAAUUUGAUCAAGAAGUCUUCUGACUGUCUCAAGAGACUUAAUGAUGUUGCCCUGAAGCCAAGCUCUCUCUCCACUGUGGAAUACAUUGAGAUACUCAUUCGCACAGAGGGGGACGAACACAAGCCAGGCUUCGAGGAUCGGAUCGUAGAGUUGAAGAAAAUGAAGGGAGAGUUUACGAUUCUGGAUAAGAUUAAAAAAGGAGAAGAUGUACUCCCAAAUGAGCGAAAAUUCCUGAAGGAAAAAUAG